AUGUCCAAAGCCUCCCCGUCUGCCCAACCGUGGAAGUUCAAACCUUUGGUUUUGCCGCCAAAGUUGACGAACGGUGAUUUCAAUGAAAUCAUUCAAGAGAUUAGUCAAAUUGUCGGCACGGAAAAUGUCGAAGUCAUAUUCUCGAAGGAUCAGAUUGAAGAUGGAUCUUACAUGAACCCUAGACAUACACAUGAUCCCCAUCAUAUACUGGAACAGGACUACUUUCUUGCCUCGGCAAUUGUUGCGCCUCGGAAUGUCGCAAAUGUACAAGCUAUUGUGCGACUUGCCAACAAGAUCUCAUUUCCCUUGUGGCCCAUCUCCAUCGGCAGAAAUUCCGGAUAUGGUGGUUCUGCGCCGCGUGUCAGUGGUAGUAUCGUGAUUGACAUGGGCAAACACAUGAACAAGGUCCUGGAGGUCAACGUUGAAGGGGCCUAUUGCCUGGUAGAGCCUGGUCAGUAUUCAGAGCGUUCAUUUCAACUUUCAACUUGUUUUCUGAUCGUCGAAUGUAAAGGUGUAACAUUUCAUGGUUUGUAUGACUACCUUGUGGCCAACAAUCUUCGGGAUAAACUUUGGAUUGAUGUGCCAGAUCUUGGUGGUGGUUCGGUUCUUGGCAAUACCACCGAGCGAGGUGUGGGCUACACGCCCUAUGGUGAUCACUGGAUGAUGCACUGUGGCAUGGAGGUCGUGUUACCGAAUGGCGAGCUCCUUCGAACUGGUAUGGGUGCUCUUCCAGACCCUCAACGCCCAGAGACUAUGGGCCUGAAGCCAGAAGACCAACCCUGGAAUAAAACCGCUCACCUCUUCCCUUAUGGCUUUGGUCCAUAUAUUGAUGGACUAUUCAGCCAGUCUAACAUGGGAAUUGUAACGAAGCUUGGCAUGUGGCUAAUGCCAAACCCGGGGGGAUAUCAAUCCUACUUGAUCACACUUCCCAAAGAUGAUGACCUGAAGCAAGCGGUUGACAUCAUUCGGCCUCUUCGUCUGAAUAUGGCACUUCAAAAUGUACCCACCAUCCGUCACAUCCUCUUGGACGCAGCAGUGCUUGGCGAUAAAGCAUCAUAUUCGCCAAAGACCGAGCCUCUAUCUAAUGAGGAUUUGGAUAGAAUUGCAAAACAGCUCAACCUAGGACGCUGGAACUUUUAUGGAGCUCUCUAUGGACCUGAGCGGAUUCGCAGCGCUCUCUGGGAAACUGUUAAAGAGGCCUUCUCGGUUAUCCCUGGUGUUAAAUUUUACUUUCCGGAAGAGACACCCGAGAACUCGAUUCUUCGUGUCCGUGACAAAACCAUGCAAGGUAUUCCAACCUACGACGAGCUCAAAUGGAUUGAUUGGAUCCCCAAUGGCGCCCAUCUGUUCUUCUCUCCUAUUGCAAAGGUAGCCGGGGAAGAUGCAAUGUUGCAAUACGGAAUCACCAAGAAGAGAUGCCAAGAGGCUGGCUUGGACUUCAUCGGGACCUUCACGGUCGGCAUGAGAGAGAUGCACCACAUUGUGUGUAUUGUGUUCAACAAGAAGGACAAUGAGCAAAAGAAAAAGGUUCAGUGGCUUAUCAGGACGCUUAUUGAUGACUGUGCAGCCAACGGAUGGGGAGAGUAUCGAACCCAUCUGGCUGUUAUGGACCAAAUCAUGGGAACAUAUAACUGGAACAAUGGCAGUUUCUUGAAAUUCAAUGAGGUGAUCAAAAAUGCAAUCGAUCCCAAUGGCAUUAUUGCCCCUGGAAAGUCGGGCAUUUGGCCCGCGAAGUACAGUCAAGUGGGCUGGAAACUGUGA